AGCCCAGCCAAGCCGUACUGGCUUCUUUGUCUGCGGGUGGCGGCUUCCCCGGCCCCCGGGCCCCGGCCCCCGGCCCCCUGGCCCGAGCUGUGAGAUGAAUCUCUAAUCGGUGGCCGCCGGGCACCCGGGGCGAAGGCAGCUCGGGCUCGGGCUCCGCUCGUAUUCAUUAACUUCUGUUGUGUACCAGGAAUUUUAUGAGGCUCUGGGAUAUGAUGAAUGUGUAGGUGUGGGCCAGCCCCCACCCCACCCUGACAAGUGACCAUGGAUCCUGGAGCUGGGCCAGACUCAUCUCUGACUGUCAAUGAGCAGGUCAUCGUGAUGUCAGGCCAUGAGACCAUCCGAGUUCUGGAGGUUGGAGUGGAUGCCCAGAUCCCUGCUGAGGAGGAGGGCAAAGCGCUGGAGGCUGUGGCCACCGAGGGCUCCCAGAGCGGAGGCCCUGCUGAAGCUGGUGAAGCUGCUGGUGAAGCUGGCCCAGACCACCCAGACUCCUCUGUGGAGGCAACUGUGAAGUCGCUUCCAGGGAUGCCUUUGAGCCCUGCCCCUGCCGUUGCCACCUUCAGCCAAGCUCCAUGCCAGCCUCAGGCAUCACAGACCCUGACGCCACUGGCUGUACAAACUGCCCCCCAGGUCUUGACUCAGGAAAACUUAGCCACAGUUCUGACAGGAGUUAUGGUUCCAGCAGGGGCAGUUACUCAACCUCUUCUUAUCCCCAUCAGUAUUGCAGGUCAAGUGGCUGGUCAACAGGGGCUGGCCGUGUGGACAAUUCCUACCGCAACCGUGGCUGCCCUCCCAGGACUGACCGCUGCUUCUCCCACGGGGGGAAUUUUCAAGCCACCUUUAGCCGGUCUCCAAGCAGCUGCUGUGCUGAACACCGCUCUCCCGGCACCUGUACAAGCCGCCCCACCGGCCCAGGCCUCCUCGCCUGCCCAGCCCCGACCACCGGCCCAGCCCCAGACGCUGUUCCAGCCCCAGCCACUGCUGCAGACCACACCGGCCAUUCUACCGCAGCCCACUGCUGCCACCGCCACUGCCCCCACCCCCAAGUCUGUGGACACCCCCACACAGAUCACCGUUCAGCCUGCAGGCUUCGCAUUCAGCCCGGGAAUCAUCAGUGCUGCCUCCCUCGGGGGACAGACCCAGAUCCUGGGCUCCCUCACCACAACUCCGGUCAUUGCCAACGCCAUUCCCAGCAUGCCGGGGAUCAGCAGUCAGAUUCUCACCAACGCUCAGGGUCAGGUUAUUGGAACACUUCCUUGGGUAGUGAACUCGGCUAGCGUGGCGGCCCCAGCACCGGCCCAAAGCCUGCAGGUCCAGGCUGUGACCCCCCAGCUGUUGUUGAACGCCCAGGGCCAGGUGAUCGCGACCCUGGCCAGCAGCCCCCUGCCUCCUCCUGUGGCUGUCCGGAAGCCAAGCACUCCUGAGUCCCCUGCUAAGAGUGAGGUGCAGCCCAUCCAGCCCACACCAGCCAUGCCCCAGCCGGCCGUGGUCAUCGCCAGCCCAGCCCCAGCAGCCAAGCCUGCUGCCUCUGCUCCCAUCCCCAUCACCUGCUCAGAGACCCCGACGGUCAGCCAGCUGGUGUCCAAGCCACAUACCCCCAGUCUGGAUGAGGACGGGAUCAACUUAGAAGAGAUCCGGGAGUUUGCCAAGAACUUUAAGAUCCGGCGGCUGUCCCUGGGCCUCACACAGACCCAGGUGGGUCAGGCUCUGACUGCAACGGAAGGCCCAGCCUACAGCCAGUCAGCCAUCUGCCGGUUUGAGAAGCUGGACAUCACACCCAAGAGCGCCCAGAAACUGAAGCCGGUGCUGGAGAAGUGGCUACAUGAAGCUGAACUCCGGAACCAGGAAGGCCAGCAGAACCUGAUGGAGUUUGUGGGAGGCGAGCCCUCCAAGAAACGUAAGCGCCGCACCUCCUUCACCCCCCAGGCCAUAGAGGCUCUCAAUGCCUACUUCGAGAAGAACCCGCUGCCCACAGGCCAGGAGAUCACCGAGAUUGCAAAGGAGCUCAACUAUGACCGGGAGGUCGUGCGGGUCUGGUUCUGCAACCGGCGCCAGACACUCAAGAACACUAGCAAGCUGAACGUCUUUCAGAUCCCUUAGGGCUCAGCCCCAGCCCUGUGUCCCAGCACUUUGUACCUCCCUUGGGCAUCCGGCUCCGGCUGCCACCCUGCAGCAUCUGUCAUUCUGCUGCCCGUGGCUGUGUUUGUCCUGGGUUGGGAGUCUCCACCAUGCACCUGUGUGUCAGCUGCCUCCCUCCUCUUCCCCGUGUCAUCCGCAUCCCAGAGAGGGCAGUGGGCCCCACCUGAGACCUCCAGGUUUGGGGCUGGUCAUGCCGAAGGAGGGGAUUUGUCGUGUCACUUAAAGAAGCACUUUGCUGAUGUGGGUUUGUGAAGGGUGAAUUCUGGUUGGGAACCAGAGGCUCCCCAUCUUUGGGACGGGGCUGUAGUAGCCUCUAGGACCACUGGCCAUUAGCUCUUGUGUUUGAUGGCACUCUCUCCAAUGUCUCUCUCUUCUCUGUUCCUCUCUGUGAGUGUGGCAGGUACAGCAGCUCAUCCAGUGGAACCACAGCCUCACCCACCUGCCCUCCGCCUGCAGUCACACUCUCCCCCGACAAAAUGCAAGAGAUCUUGUUCUGAAAAGUGUGAUGUGAUGUGCAGCUCAGAAAGUCAGAUUCCAUGUAUGCCUCGACCUCACGGUCAGAAGGUUUCCACAGACCUGGGGCCAGAACACAUGAUCACUCCCAUCUUUCCUUGGCUCCUAUGUAGGGAAAAUGGCACUAAAGCAAAAUUCUUUCUUUUAUACAUCAUGUCGGAAGAAAUCAGCCGUGAGCUCUAGCUGUCCUGGAGUUGACCUGGGUCUAUAGCAGGUUGUGAAGUGAAAGUCACUCAGUUGUAUCCAACUCUUUGCGACCCAUGGACUGUAUAGUCUGUGGGAUUCUCCAGGCCAGAAUACUGGAGUGGGUAGCCUUACCCUUCUUAGAGGGAUCUCCCCAACCCAGGGAUCAAACCCAGGUCUCCUGCAUUGCAGACGGAUUCUUUACCAGCUAAGCCAGCAGAUUGGGAACUUGAUAAAUAUGGUAUCUCUCCCAGAUUUUAAUCUGAUCUCUGUCCAUGUCCAUCUCCACAUCAGAAUGUUGUGGUUAAGAGAACUUGCAACCUGGAAAAUCCCCCUGCCCAGAUAAGCAGGCACUCGGGGGAAAAAAAGAAUGAGGAAAGGAAUGCUAAGUCUCUCUUGCCCUCACACUCACCUCCCACCCAGUCCUGGGGUCUUCUCAGAAGCAGCAAAUGAAACGACACCAGACAGGAAGGCCCUGGGAAAAGCCCACAUCCAUAAAGAGCUGACAGCAGCCUGGGGGGUCCUUUGUGGAAGGUGACUUAACUAAUUUCCUUUGUAACUUGCAGUCUUGGAUACCAGAGGAGAAAUCUAAUUUUGUCCAGAAUCUUAGACCAUGUGUUUGUGUGAACAAGCCCCCUAGAGUGCUUCUGAGUUAAGAAUACCUCUAGAGCAGGCUGGGUUUUGCCUUCAGAGAGGGUAUCUGUGGUACACUGGAGCUUGGCAUCUCAUGCAAGAUGUUCAGUGAGUUUCCCAGCCUCCCUGCGGCUGGGUAUCCCCUGGAACUCAGUAUGUGACUCGGGGAGGUCAGGAGGGCACUGGGAGGUUUGCUAGAGGCGCCCAGCCUGCUAUGUAGACUAGACUUAAAGGUCACACACAAGUCACAGGGGUCAGCCGCCCCCACCUUUCACAGCUCCUGUCCUUACAGAACCUGGUCUCUAGCAGCUGCCCUCCAACACCCCUCACACGAUAAACCCUGAAGAAGUGACUGCCGUAUGAGGGCAUGUUACCACCUCCUUGGGACACUGGUGCAGAGCCCAGCCUUGCUUCCUCUGGCAGACGGGGUUUCCUUUCCCACCUGAAGCUGGUGCGUCCCAGGCCUCUCAGGGCCACUGGGCCAUCGUCUUGGUGGCCCUGCCAGUGAGAGGGCAGUUGUGUGUCAAAUUGCCACAUACGCGCACACACACCCCACACCACUGCAUUCUGACCAACCAGAGUUGCUCACGUGUGGUGGGGGAUGAGGAAGCAGGUGGGAACCUCGCUUGCCGCAGCCUCCCAGCAGAGAAUACGUCUCCAAGGGUAAGGCUGCACGCUCAAGUUCAAGGUUAUCCACCCGACUCAAUGAGGUGACAGGCUCACUUUAGAGGGGCACUUGAGAGAGGUGUUGUAAACAAGUGUUAAGUGAGAAUCAAGUACCAGAGCUUGUGAAGGAUUCAGUGACUUACAGUUCAAUAAAUUAGAGAGAUACAGGUUUUUACCCUCAAGCCUUUGCAUUCAGUUAUGCUUUCUUUCUUGGGAGAGACAAGUGGGUCAUGCCUGGUGCAUACAGGUGUAGCAUGUGAUCCAGGGCGUGUCCACGGCAGUGGAUAUGCAGGAGGACACCAUCUGUCCUGUGUCACGGCAGGAAAAAACUGCUCUAAAUUAGGCCUGGACAUGCUUUCUUAGCUCCUCCCGCAUCUAAAUCUGUCUUCUCAAGGCUGGGCUAGAACGAAAGCUUUUCUUCUGCUGGAAUGAUGGGUUGGUCUUUCAGAGAAACAAGCCCGGGGGGGAGGGGGGCCAGAGUGUUUGCAAGCUGAAUUCCCCAGACAGGGGCUACAGGGUGUCCCUGAAGUACGCACACAGCAGAGCUCGCCAACCUGAUCUCUGCUCUUACUGCCCCACCAUAGGGCCCCCUGGAAGCAGCUAUGGCCCUGAGGUGGGGUUUUGUUUUGUUUAUAUCCUUGUUAGGAGCAGCAUCAGACUCUGAAGGGAGUUGAUACUGAUUUUGUUUUAAAAGCACCUUUCUGGUUACCAGCCAGAGCUCAGUGGCUCCUUUGCCAUGGAAAGGCAGGCGAAAGGGCAGAAAAAGCUUCACUGUUUGCAUGUGGUUUUGUUUUUGUUUCAAAGAGCAAAAUGUUCUGUGGCUUAAUGAAUCGGCUGGGGCCUUUGACCCUGCACUAAUCAUGGCAUUUUAUCCAAGUGGGGUUCAGGGAGAGAACUCAGCCAAGUGGAUUAAAGAACCUGUUUGAAUUUGGAAUGAGAGGCCCUGGCUUUUUUGUGUGUCCUUGGAAAUUCAAUCACCUUCCUAUGCCUAGAUUCCCUUCCUGUCUCACAGGCCAGGCUCUGACACCAAGGUUCUAACUGUUCCCGGACAUGGACAAAGUCUGCUGAGAGCUUGAG